AUGUACACUCAUUUUGCUUUCGUGACUCUGGUAACUUCAGAUUCCUAUCUACCAGGCGCACUCGUCAUUUCAGGUGCUUUGAAGGAUGUGCAUCAGACUCAACCUUAUGAGGUGGAGUAUGACACGGUGUGCAUGGUCACACCAGAAACACUUGACAUCACUACCAUCAAGUUGCUUAGGAAGGCGUACGAUAUUGUCAUUGGUGUUGAGGUCAUAGACCAAUCUGAUCCUGCGGGACUAUCUCUACUGGGACGCCCUGACCUUGAUACGGUCUUAACAAAACUACACGUAUUCCGCCUCACGCAGUACUCCAAGGUAAUAUUCCUUGAUGCGGAUGUUCUCCCAUUACGCCCCUUGUCCCAACUGUUCCAACUUGACCACGAGUUUUCUGCGGUACCUGACGUAGGAUGGCCCGAUAUAUUCAACUCGGGUGUCAUGGUACUUUCCCCUGGUGAAGAUAAGUUCAAGGAGCUUCAAGACCUUCUAAAGACGAAUGGAAGUUGGGAUGGCGGUGAUCAAGGUCUUUUGAAUGAGUGGAGAGGAGGCAACUGGAAUAGGCUUAGCUUCACUUACAACACGACUCCUACGGCUGCAUAUACAUAUGCCCCUGCAUACGAACGUUUCGGUUCCCAAAUAUCCGCGGUGCAUUUCAUCGGACCUAAUAAGCCCUGGCAUUCCAUUCCUUAUCGCGCCCCAGGAUCCUCAUCAGCUCAAGCAUCAUCUUCUCAGAUGGAGCAACACUCUCAAGAAUCAGAGUCAGCUAUCAAGCAACCUCAGCAGGCUUACGACUAUGGCUCGCUCGUCGAUCGGUGGUACAGCGUUUAUGACAAGCACUAUCGGUCAAAACCCACCUCACCGGAUCUCGCUGUUCCUGUCAGCAAAUAUGUCUCAGCAUGGGAAGAUGAGACGAAUACUCGUGCAACGGUAGAGUCUGCGGGCGCAUCAGGUGGAGCUCCACUUGGUCUCGACGUCUUACGUCGUUUGGCCCUUCAAGGCAUGGGCGCAAUGGGUUUCCUUUCAAGUGAUCGAUCAAGUGGAGAGGGCGAGGGCGCUUUCGACCUCAUGAGACCGCGCCCCGCGAAGCAGAAGAAACCUGAGGAGCAUGAUCCUCCCCAGUCUGCAACUGAGCCUGCUGAUUCAAACAUCGGCGACACGGUCGCUGAACCCACCACUCCUGUUCAACAGAUAGCGUCACUGUCAUUGGAUUCACCUAUGAGAUGGACUACAUUGCCAACUCCAAACAGCGACGAGGUGCCUUCUGCACCGCAAGUGCGUCUGUUAUCUCUCCCUCCGACACCACUCCAUUAUGUCACCCCACCCUUCAAUGUCGUGCGCGGAAAUCAACCAAAGUCACCCCUUUCGUUGCAAGAACGAAGGAUCGGGCUAUCACGCCCUACUUCCCCACCCCUUCUCUCAUGGAAUGCCGCGGUCGAAGCGCCACCCAAAACCAUUUCUACUCCCUCCCCACUCCCGAGUAACUAUUUCCCAAAUAUCUGGAAUGAUUCUCCCAGCAGAAGCAGAAAUUCUGCAAUAUCGCCAUCAAGGUCGUCCUCGAGUAUGUCCUCUGAGACAGAUGCAACGAGCACGGAGAUUAGCCCGGUCCAGGCAGACCCUUCACCUCAAACACUCUUCAGUCCACCACCUGUACCGGAGAUUCCUCAGAUGCUUCUCCAGCUGGGGCACUACCGCAAUGUCACUGGGCCUGCCGCUGAGGGUGGCACUGCGCCACCCACUCCUGAUCGCGCCAAGGUCAAGCGCGUCUUCCCUUGGGAGGAACGCCCUCGUGCUACUCCUGCACGUGUGUUCCCAGAAGGCGAAACCCGUCCACCAGGGUCAAUAUUCUUGCAGUCCCCGCCUCGUUCUGCUGCGCUUCCAUCGACUCCUGAGCGCAAGAUGAGCAGGGAGUUUGGGGCACACCAGCCGAUGCCUUCGCCGUUAGCGGGUUUCCCAUCAUUGACAUCUGGGAACAUGUGGGAUGCUGUUCCUGGCAUCCAAAAGUUUGGUUCGAAGUUUGCGCGCCCUCCAGGGCCUACUCCCCUAGCAUCCGCAUUCGAGAACCCAAAGAAACCCUGGGAGGAGAAGUCAGAAGCCAGCAGUCACGAUGGUGACGUAGAGGAUGAGGUGGACUCCGAUAGAGACGAAGGCAGACAGACAGUGACAAAGGUACGAUCUCGCAGUUCUAGCAUCGCAACCGCGAGGAAGAAAUACCAAUCAUUUGGAGUGCAGACGGAUGCGAGGGAAAUGCGCAGCCAGAGUGUGCAGGUUACCACGGAGGAUGCCGUUGCAAGGCGGCCAUUGAGGAAGCAGUGGCACCCUUCAGCAAGUCUCAGGGUGCUGCCGCCCGUGAUGGAUGUUGCCGCGGGUGCUGAGUCGAGCGGCUUGUUGUCCCCUGUUAUUCCGCAGGUGUCAACGCCGCGAUCCCCCACUCCUCCUCCAGCGGAGGUCAUGACCCUUUCGCCUCCCCAGACGGGACACCCUGGCGAAACAACCCCGAGAGCAGGAAGGGGUAGAACGCCGAGUCCACCAUCAGUCCCCCUCUCCACUGCUUUCCAUACUCCACCCCGAGCAUCCCGUGUUUGGGAUCCUGCACGAGGCGUGGAACUCUUCAAACGUGGCUCGGAAGAGGUCCUUGCUCGAUUCCUGAAGAUCAGCUCACGAGAGGAGUCUUCACGCCGGAUUUAA